CGUUAUCUGGUUGUGUUGCCAACCACAACAAGGAAGGUUCCCAAGUGUAAACAUUUCCUCAGUAGGCAGAAGAGUCCGGAGUUUGACCGAUGUUUUAAGAACGUUAGAACUAGAUUUUGUGGAUAACACGUGUUUGACGUCUUGUUAGAUUAACACCAAAUUAAAAUAUUUCACUGUACGAACCUACUUGAGGUAGGCUGCUUUUUUUUACAGCCGAAACAAGCAAUAACAAUAGCCGGUUUCUAAUGAACCUACGUUGUUGUAGCCUAACGUCAAAGAUUGCAGAUCAUCUUUGGUCUUAAAAAAGGCAACAGCAGAGUGGAGACCUAUACAUUCAUGUAACUUAAUGAUGGUUUGUAAAGGAAGAAAAUAGAUCUUGAAAACCAUACGAUAUCUUUUGUUAUCCUCUUUGGAUGGGAUUUUUUUUUCCUCCGUUGGUAACAUGGAUUUGCCAUUGAACUCCGGCGGUGCUGAAACACGUCCGGUUGACCUGAGCGUGAUAGUAAAAGAAGAAGACAUUAAAGAGGAGGAAUAUGGUCUUAUGAUUUCGUGUCAAGAUGUGAAGGAAGAACGGGAUGACCAAGAGCACGAUUAUCUGCUCGAAGACAACGAGAAACUACUUACAAUAGUAAAGAUUGAAGUGAAGGAGGAGGACGAGCAAGAGCAGGAUUAUCUUGCUGGGAGUUACAGUAAAACACUGCAGGCAAGAUUGGAGAUUGAAGUGAAGGAAAAUGAUGUGGAUGAACAAGAGCAUCUUCUGGGAAGGACAGACUGGGACUAAAAGAAGGCCCUGGACUUUCUUCUAAAAAGGUGUAUCAGAAGACCCAGACUACAUGCAACAGAAGAUCCAUGGACAGAAUGAUGAACUCAACCUGCAACUCAACGGAAGGCUGCACCACUGCACCGUCUGCAGGAAGAGUUUCACGGCCCUGAAAGAACUCAAGAAACACCAGCAAACACACUCUGUUAGUGUGAAUGAUCAGCAGAACACUGGCGGCAAAAAGACUCAUUUCUGUGGACACUGUGGGAGAACAUUUAGAAAGUUUUCAUAUCUGAAAGACCACAUGCUUACACACACUGGAGAGAAGCCCCAUAAAUGCGUCCAAUGUGGGAAAGCUUUCUCACAAAUGUCAAAUCUUAACACGCACAUGCUAACCCACACUGGAGCGAAGCCUCAUAAAUGUAUACAGUGUGGAAAAGCAUUUACACACCUUUCAACUCUUAAGACUCACAUGCUAGUACACACUGGAGAGAAGCCCCAUGAAUGUACUCAGUGUGGGAAAGCCUUUUCGCUAAUCUCAAACCUCAAACGUCAUUUGCUAACACACAGAGGACCUUCUGGUGAGAAGCCUCAUAAAUGUGCCCAGUGUGGAAAAGCAUUUAGCUGUUUGUUGCUUUUGCAAAAACACAUUAGGAUCCAACAUUCAGAUCUUAAAACUCACAGACUUGCACACGCUGGAGAGAAGACUCACACGUGUAUCCAGGAUGACAAAGCUUUUACACAAAUGUCAACUCUUAAAACCCAUAUUCUAACUCACUCUGGAGAGAAACCUCAUAAAUGUGCCCAGUGUGGAAUAGGUUACUCACAAAAGUCAAGCCUUAAACACCACAUGCUAACACACAAUUCAGAGAAGCACCAUAAAUGUGCUCAGUGUGGAAAAACAUUUAGAACGUCCUUAGAUCUUAAAACGCAUAUGCUAACACACAGUUCAGAGAACCACCAUACAUGUGCCCAGUGUGGAAAAACCUUUAGAACGUCUUCAGAUCUUAAAAAGCAUAUGCUAACACACAGUUCAGAGAACCUCCAUACAUGUGCUCAGUGUGGAAAAACAUUAAAAACGUCCUCAGAUCUUAAAACGCAUACGCUAACACACAGUUCAGAGAACCACCAUACAUGUGCCCAGUGUGAAAAAACAUUUAGAACGUCUUCAGAUCUUAAAACGCAUAUGCUAACACACAGUUCAGAGAACGACCAUACAUGUGCCCACUGUGGAAACACCUUUAGAACGUCUUCAGAUCUUAAAAAGCAUAUGCUAACACACAGUUCAGAGAACCUCCAUACAUGUGCUCAGUGUGGAAAAACAUUUAAAACGUCCUCAAAUCUCCGAACGCAUAUGCGAACACACGCUCCAGAGAGGCGGCAUGAAUGUGCCCAGUGUGGAAAAGUUUUGCGACGAAUUUCAGAUCUCAAAACGCACAUGCUUACACACACUGGAGAGAAAGCUCAUACGUGUACCCAGUGUGGGAAAGCUUUCUCACAAAUGUCAAAUCUCAACACCCAUCUGCUGACCCACACUGGCGAGAAACCUCAUGAAUGUACACAGUGUGGGAAAGCUUUUACACACCUUUCGACUCUUAAGACUCACAUGCUAGUACACACUGGAGAGAAGCCUCAUGAAUGUACCCAGUGCGGAAAAGCCUUUUCACUAAUCUCAAAUCUCAAACGUCAUUUGCUAACACACAGAGGAACUUGUGAGAAGCCUCAUAAAUGUGACGUUCCUCAGUGUGGAAAAGCAUUUUUAAGAUCCUCAGAUCUGAAAACUCAUACGCUUACACACACCGGAGAGAAGCCUCACAAAUGCAUCCAGUGUAGAAAAGGAUUUUCACAAAUUUCGCAUCUUAAAUCCCAUUUGCUGAUUCACACUGGAGAGAGGCCUCAUACAUGUGCCCACUGUGGAGAAGCUUUUAGACAAAUUUCGCAUCUUAAAACCCAUAUUCUAACUCACACUGGAGAGAGGCCUCAUAACCUCAUAGUGACCAUAGCUGAGAAAGGCUUCAUCACAAAUCUCACCUCUUAACACUGUCAAUUUUUUUUACCUUAAUAUAACAGUUUUCAAAGUAAUUUUGACGGUAAACAAAAUUGCAAUGUAAAGAAUCAUGAAAUAUUACCUGUGGGGUAUACUACGAAGCUCGAUUAGUGGGUUAGCGAGGUAUGUUGCGCUCAAAGCCAGGUUAUGCUGUGACACGAAAGUGGCUCUGUUUUAGCGUCGCUGUAUCACCAUGAUGUAUUAUGCUACCAACCAAACCUGGUCGGGAGCAGGUUAUGUGCUAAGUGUGACCAAUAAAUAAUCUAUUAUUAAGUUAUUUCACGUGUAAGAUUUUGUCAUGUAUCUUAGGGCUCCGUCUCUCCAAACAUUUUGGAUCUCACAGGCACUUGAACAGUGUUGUGCGUGCAGAUAUCCCACUAUGAAUGUGCAAAUAUAUAUACCAUACAACAUA